AUGACUGACGCAGUAGGGUCUAAAGCAAUAGACCUCACUGAAGUAUGCAUCUCUCAUUGCCGCCCAUCACACUUGGCUCUUUUAAUAAAACUCUGAGAAGAAAUAUUAGAUUGAAUCUCAAAUGUUAGUGCUGCAAUGCCAUUCGAUAUUUUAAAAGAUCAUAUCUAAAAACUGACUCAUAAAUGCCACUUAAAGUUCCAUAAAAAUAAUUGUCUCUGAAUUUGUCCAAUUUCCUAGAACUUCAAAGAAAUUCCUGAAUAAAAAGUAGCAUCAAUAUAGCGUUUCUCAUGCUGAUCUAGAACAUCCCUGAUUGAAUACAGUCAAUAUUAUCUAAAGAAGACUCACUGGCCUUCUACAAAAGAAAGUUGAUUGCCAACCUCUCACGCUGUUCAUCCCAUCUGUACAGAAUUACGUCCUGUGGGCCUUCCCAAUUUGGACAAAAUAGCUUGCUUGAAGUAUGAUGACGAAUAGGAUCUCCAAGAAUAAGGCAGAACAUCCUAAGAAAACACCUGGAUCAAGAUACAGAUAAA